GAUAGGGAGACACGGUGAAGAGCUGCAGAUCAGUGCUGGAGUACAACAUUUCACAGGGAGCUCUGCAGAAGAAACACCUGUUUCAAUCCAGACAGGGAGAAACAAUAUAUAUUAUAUAUCUAUUUCUUUAUCUAUAAAUUGGCAAGCACUUCUGCGUAUUUCCUCCGCUGGUGAUCGCUUCACGUUUAAAGCCACUGGACAUCACUGCUCAUCCCCCCCUAAGCUCGUGGAUAUUAGCUCUGCUCAUCAUAGAAGAUGAAAGUUUUAUUCUGGGAUUUUGUGUGAGACAACACCGUGCGAUAUACAUAUAUGCAAGCUAUAGUUUACAUAUAUACAUUUAUAUUUAUUCUCAUCUGCUUCCAGGAUUCAUGCUGAUGCAUGCAGUCUAUAAUAGAGUAAAAACAGCGCAUGCCUUUUUGGAGUCAGAAUCCAUAAUUCUGACGUAGUCUACAUCUUAAAAAUUCCCAUAACGGCGUUUUUAAGUUGACAUGGUCAUUCUUACCUUAACCCGAAUGGAAAAGCUACGGAUUUGUGUUUUCUUUGCCGCUGGAUGGGUUGAAGAACGUAUUACCUGUUAAGACCUGGGGAUAUUACAGUGCGUUUAGAAAUUAUGCCAGUGUGUGAGUAUGAAGUGCUGGUUUCUUAGACUAACAGUGGUUUGACCUUGAACCUGUGCCACUCGCCGCAAAAUAAUACUUUAUUAAUAUGUUUAAUGGAUUAAAGGCUGACCUUCUUCAUCAGUAACUGCAACAGGGAGGGAGUGGUACACCUAUUAUAAGAUCUCUUGGGCUGGCACCAUCAUUGUUGUUUAUUCUUGUUCUCUAAAAGCAGAAUCUUCUGAUGGCUCCUCUAGGUGAAGUUGGGAACUAUUUCGGUGUUCAGGAUGCUGUUCCUUUCGGGAAUGUGCCUGUUUUACCGGCGGAUAAUCCGGUUUUGUUAAGUGACCACCUGGGGCAGUCUGAAGCUGGGGGUCUUCCCAGAGGUGCCGCAGUCACAGACUUGGAUCAUUUAAAGGGGAUUCUGAGGAGGAGACAGCUGUACUGCAGGACUGGGUUUCACUUAGAGAUUUUUCCUAAUGGUACCAUCCAGGGAACACGGCAAGACCACAGUAGAUUUGGUAUUUUGGAGUUUAUAAGUAUAGCAGUGGGUCUUGUCAGCAUUCGUGGUGUAGACAGUGGACUCUACCUCGGAAUGAAUGAAAAGGGAGAGCUGUAUGGGUCGGAAAAGCUUUCACCAGAGUGUGUAUUCCGAGAGCAAUUUGAAGAAAACUGGUACAAUACGUACUCUUCAAAUCUAUAUAAACAUGCGGAUACUGGGAGAAGAUAUUAUGUUGCAUUAAAUAAAGAUGGGACGCCAAGAGAAGGGACUAGGACUAAGCGACAUCAAAGAUUUACCCAUUUUUUACCAAGACCUGUGGACCCUGACAAAGUACCUGAACUAUAUAAGGAUAUUUUAAGCCAAAGUUGAUAAUAAGAAUUCAUUCAAUCGAGCCCUUAUGUGAGGAAAAAAACAGAAACUAAACAAACCACUAUAGAGAUUUUGUGCGGUGGGUUCCUAUUGAUUAGCUGUGUCAUCACAUCAGCUCCACCACUGUUGCCAAACUUUGUCGCAUGCAUAAUGUAUGAUGGAGGCUUGGAUGGAACAUGCUGAUUUCGUUCUGCACUUAAAUGAUUUGUCCUGUUAGAGGAGAGCCAAACCCGCCCACUUGCUUGAUUUGAUACGAGAGGAUACAGAGAAAGAGGAGAAGAAAUAAGGACCAGAAGAAGUGGUGUGAGACAGAGAAAAAAAGGGAGGGAGGAGAAAGAAACAAGUAGAGAGACAGAGAGGGGGAGAAAGAGAGAGAGAAAUGGCCUGAUGCAUGCUGGGAGAUGGACACGCUUUAAGUUUUUGAUAAGUUCUACUUCAUCUUAUAUCAGCAUAGCUGCCAUAACUUUGAUUCAUCUGGAUUUUGGCUGGUGGCCUGGUCAAAUGUAUGCUGUAUUAACAAAGGCAUGUAGGAUACAGUUGUAAAAAGCAAAAAAAAAA